UUGAUCAAAAAAAUUAGGUCUAGUUCUUCAAUUCGUCUUUCUCUUUGCACUGAGUUUGCUGGAAAGCUGAGAGAUCUGACCUGACCUGAAUCGUGUGGAUUCGAAAGGAUUGAAUUUGCUUGCAUUUCUUCUCAUCGUUAAUUUUUUUUUUGUCUGAUCGAUUUGGUGAACAGUAACGUAAUUUGAUAGUAGUGCGUUCGAUUUCAGAGAUGCUUAUGAGUUGGGAACACUUACUGAUUUAGUUUUAGUUGCAUAAUGGGAUAAAGGGUGAUCUCUAGAUUCACUAAUUUAAGGUUCAAGCUGUGAAAGUUUGAGUCUUUGGCUGAUUUAAGAUAGUCUCCGAUCCUAUUUGUGUUGCUUGCUCUGUUUCCCAGCUUGAGGUUCAGAUAUUGUGGUUUUAGAUCAGAAUUUGUGAGUUUAGUCUGUUUGUGAGAUGGAUAGGCCUUGGCAUAAUGAUCAGUUAGGUGUGAAUAAGAUUGGGAGGAACAUAAAGAAGAGUCCUUUACACCAACCCAAUUUCUCAAAUGGUAUUGGUAUUGCUUCCGCAAGGCCUCAACAGCUAGCGAGUUCUCCAUCGCGUGAGAGUUUACCUCAUCCUCCUCAGAAUCCACUAAAGCCUCGGCAGAAUCCUCGGUUGCAGAAGAUUAGACAAGCGGCUCUAACACAGAUGAACCGGCCCCAAGUUCCUCCUCAGUUUAUGGCUCAACCAAGUAAUGAGUUAGUUACUAGACAACCAAUGCGACCUUCUAUGAAUCACGGUUCACAACCAAUGAAGGGUAAUGGAGAACAAUUGUUGUCAAAUACAGCUGAAUCCCCUGUCUCGGUGUAUGUGCGUUAUCUUCAAAGCUCACUAGGAGAUUCAGGACCUUAUGGAAACCAAGCACAGCCGCCUCAUGAAUAUCAACCACAGCCACAGGCUCACCCCUUACCACCGCAAUCGCAUAAUCAUCAUUCGCCACGGUUCAAUGGUUCUGCACGAGACAAGCCCAUUUUACCCACUCCUAGGUUCAACAGUCCACCUCAACAAAUGCGUAAUAAUAGUAUUCCUUCUCCUCGAUUCAACGGGCGCGGGAUAUUACCCUCUCCUAGGUCCGAAUAUCGUCUACAGUCUCCAACCGAUUUCCAAAAUUUUCACUCCCCUAGGUCACCUUAUCCGCUGUUAUCACCAGGAGUUCAGUAUCCUCCUCCACUUACACCAAGAGGCUCCACAUUCUCAUCAAUGGAUCAACCUGGAAUUCUUGGUCCAGGGACUAUUCCUCAACCCCCUGCAUCUCCUGGUCUUGUAUUUCCAUCAUCACCGUAUGGGCUUCUACCAAUCUCUAGUCUAAGAUAUAGAUAACUCUUCUUCACUCUAUACUCUUUAGGUUAAUGUCCUUGUAGUAAGAAAGGUGAAAUCUUUCGGAGCUCAUAAAAGAGAGGAGAAACAGAGCUGUAAGAACAAUAUUGUUCUCUAUAUGCUUAAUAGUUUUUAUACAGUUUCCAUACAAGUCA